AUGGCCAGCUUCCAGGACCGUGCUCAGCACACCAUCGCUCAACUUGACAAGGAGCUCUCCAAGUACCCUGUCCUCAACAACCUCGAGCGCCAGACUUCCGUCCCCAAGGUGUACGUCAUCCUUGGUCUGGCUGGAAUCUACACCUUCCUGGUCUUCUUCAACAUCGCCGGCCAAUUGCUUGUCAACCUGGCUGGUUUCAUCCUCCCCACCUACUACUCCCUCAACGCCCUUUUCACAGCUGGAAAGUCGGAUGACACCCAGUGGUUGACUUACUGGGUUGUUUACGCUUUCUUCACCGUUAUUGAGAGCGCCGUCAGUGCUCCUUACUGGUUCCCCUUUUACUACAUCUUCAAGUUCGUCCUUGUCCUCUGGCUGGCUCUUCCCCAGACGAACGGUGCUCAAAUCGUCUUCAACUCUCUCCUCCAGCCCGUUGUUGGCCGCUACUUCAACGGUGGUUCUACCUCGGCCAACCUCCGGGCCCAGGCUGAUGCCGCCACCAAGGAGCAGUAA